GGACUCUUUUGCCUCGAAGGAAAAAGGCGCCCGAUUGAGACGGCAUUGGAAUGCCGCUUGGUGUUUGGGCCUGCGACCAGUUUCAAUACUGGUAGCGGAGCCACCAACACGGACGACGAAGCUGAUAGCGUGAUCCAGGAAGUGGAGACCUUUUUGGCUGACCAUGCCUUGAAUGAGCCUGAUGAUGAUCCGCAAGAAGUCUACGAAGAGUCAGAAAUUGCAGAAGCACUGGCCGUGUCCUGGAAGGACAAAAGACGUGAGCUGGGUCGGCUCCAGCGCUCGCGUCGUUUUGGCGCAGCAAGUGAGUUGAAGAAGUCCUACAAGGUGGAGAUUGAAGAACUGAAACGUAAGUCUCGAUGCCAUCGUUGCAAUCAAGUGGGACACUGGUCCCGUGAGUGUCGCAAUCCCAGCAAAGGCAAGGGCAAAGGUGGAAGUUCCAACAACUCAAAGAGCUCAUAUGCUGGAGUGGCCAUGGUAGAAUCCUUUGAGGAGCACUUUGUGGCCGCAGUUGUCCCCCUCUGCAACCCUCAGCUGUCAACUUUGGAGAUGUUACGACAACGUCAUGCAUCUUCCAUCAAUGCUGAGGUGAUCAAGGCCAUUUUUGCCGAGGUCAUGAUGAAUGAAGAUGCUGAGGUGACUGAGAAUGUCCAGGUCUUGCCUGUCAAUGAAUCUGUUGAGACUGAGCAGUCGCCUGAUUUGCCCACAGCCACGGCAUCCGUGCCCAAGCUUUCCCAAGGAGCAUCCGACAAUUUGGAGGAAGUGCUGCAUGUGACCACCGAGUUCCAUUUUGUGCCUCAGGAGAAAACAGUCCCAAUUGAGAGUUUGCCAGUUCACAGCGUGAGACAAUUAGACUCUCAGGUGCGAAAUGCUGCAUCCGAAGUCAAGUCCAUUGUCGAUGGUAAGCCCUUUUUGGUCGCAGAAGCGUUUUGUCCUCCAAGAUGUGCCCCCCUUGUUCAGGGAGUAGGUGGUACGUGUAGGUCUUUUGACUUAUCCACUGGAUUUGACUUCACCAAACCUGAGAUGCGUGAACGGGUGGCUCAGUACUUGCAUGAUCACCCACCUGAGCUCCUGCUGCUUUGCCCACCAUGCACUGAUGAGGGCGGAUGGUUCAACUUGAAUGCGUGCACUAUGGAUCCCCUAGAGUAUGCCAAGAGAGUUCGUCAUAGUCGCAUGUUCAUCCGUUUUUGUUGUAGGCUGUACAAACAGCAGAUGCAGCUCGGUGGAAGAGCAAUCCUCGAGCAUCCCAAGGGAUCCCGUCUAUGGACCUAUCCCGAGGUCAAUGAGUUGCUUGAAGAGCACAAGUUGCUGACAUGUCACAUGUGCAGAUAUGGUUUGCGUGUGCCGGGUAGCCCCAAUCUGAUCCGUAAAGCCACUCACUUGCUAGUAUCCCAUCAUGACAUGAGUUGCCUAGCCAAAGAGUGUCCAGGUUCCAGUCACCCGAAACAUGCUUGUCACCAGGUCAUUGCCGGAAGUGAUCCCAUGGUAGGACGUGUUAGCACUUUUGCUGGAAAGUAUACUCCUCAGUUUGUAGAAGCAAUCAUGGAAACAGUGCCUCGUUUUGUUGCCAUGAAACGUGCAUGCCUGGCUGAGUGCCCUCAAUGGACAUCCAAACAGCACGACGAAGUUCUUGCUGCUAAGCCUGACCUCUCUGCUGAGAAAUCUGCCGUUGAUGGGUCCAGUCAGUCAGUUGAGGAAAGUGCUGAUGCCGAACCACCAAUUGAUAAAUCUCCCAUGGAUGCUCCCUCACAUGUGCAUGAUGUUGAUCCGCCUCAGCCAGCAGUUCAGAACGUGUCCUCGUCAAGUGAGCCUCCAGAUCAACAGAUGUCACCUGAGUCUUCUGCCGGAUCAUCCAAACGUUCUUUGGAGAUCGCUGCGAAUAUCGAUGAGCCACCAGGCUCGAAACAACGAACAGCCUCUCCUCAUGAAGUUUUGUCUGUUGAGGACAUCACCGAGCUGUGCAAUCAGUGGGAAGUGGAGGAGGAGUUCACAGUGUAUGAUCCCACUACUGGUCUUUUCAUGCACCCUGAAACUGGUGAGGUUCACAGUGUAUGGAGUGAAGAUGAGUCUUCGGCACCUGGAGCCAUGACCGACGGAUCCAAGCGCCGAGAGGAGAUGAUUGCCGGCCAACGGCCUCCCAAGAAGUCAGCUGUGCCGAAAGCCAAGUCUCAGGCAAUGAUGCCGAGCUUGAUGGUUCCGAUGUACGCCGCUCCUUCGACUGAGGUGGCCAUGCCCUUUCCCGGAGCAUCAGAUGAAGCUGGCUUGAUCAAGCUUUGUCUUCCUCCUUUGCCUGAUGAUGUUCCUGAUGUGCCCACAUGGGGUCGCACAGUGAUUGGUUUUGGCCACUACAAAGACUUGAACAUGAGCUAUGAAGAGCUGGUGAUGUCCGAAGAUUCCCGCAUGGCAAGCUAUGUGAAGUGGUGCCGUUCCCGCACCAAGUGCGCCCAGGGUCAGUUGAAAGACCUAUGCAACUACAUGCAGCACAUGUUUGCCUCCGAUGAAGGCACCGGACACCAGAUUCCUGGAACCACCCAGCCGCGCCGUCUGAAGCAAUAG